AUGGUACGGUCGCGUCGUUCCUUCAGACCUAUUAACGAGGUUCCACAGAAACGGCAAACUCGUCCAAUCAUUCUAUACGCUCCAGUAUACAACAGUAUCUCCGCGGCAUUCGCUUUCAGUUCGUCGUCUCCUUUUAAUUCUCACCUGCUCACAUUCCCUAAUCCUCAGCGGCCAUGGCCUUCGCAUACUCUUCACAUAAUUUCACCUGGACAGCGACUACACUCAUUUCGCUCUCUGUGCUCUCAUACUUCUUCUAUUUUGUGUCUCUUUGGUAUUUAUUCCUUUUACCUUUCGGCUCCAUCGCUCCUUGCCACAAAAACAGUCUUCCCUACGGCUAAAUCUUCUACUCUGAAUGCUCAUCCCGAUCUUUUCACAAUUGUCACUCCCAUUAAAAUCAAUACCUUCCGUGAGCUACUUUGGGAGCAUCCAAACCAUCCUUUUACCGGGUUUAUCCUGCAUGGUCUGCGUGAGGGCGUCUGGCAUGGCACAGAUACUGCUAUGGACAGUGGUUACCCUUUGACAUGGGAUAACUCUUAUCAACCACUCAAGAGUGAAAAGCAUCGGGCUUUCGUUCAGGAGCAGGUUGAUGAAGAAGUGCGGAUUGGCUAUUUUUCACUUCCUUUUGGUCCAGAGUUGCUUGCCAGCGUGUACAGCAGCACAGCAGUUCAUGUUGUGCCGAAACACAACUCACCCAAACUUUGCCUUGUUAUAGACCACAGUGCCAGAGAAAUUUCCCUCAACUCUAUGAUCAACUUAGAUGACUUAUCUGGUGUCAAACUUCGCGGGUGUACCUCUGCAAGCAACGGGGAGAUGGCACCUGCUACCUGA